AUGAGAUAUCAAUCAUUGCUCACCGCGUCGAUUUCAGUGCAAAUUUCACUGGCGGCUCUGAAUGAACCGUGCUACGGCUCCGGAGGUAGAGCCGGUGUCUGCGUAACCACAAGCUCUUGCUCGUCAAAUGGAGGUACAACUAUAGACGGCGCUUGUCCUGCAGACGCUUCCAACAUCAAAUGUUGCACCAAGGCAUCCUGCGGAGGCGGGGGCAAUUGUCGCUGGACAAGCGACUGCGCAGGAACAUCUGCUUCCAACCAGUGCCCAGGACCGAGUGGCUUCAAAUGCUGCUCCUCCACUGCCACCGGCUUCGGCGGCUACAGCUCUCCAUCGGUCCCAUCCGUUGGGGCCUGUAAGCAGGUCGCAGUCAACGGCGCAAAGAAGAUCAUCGCAGCAUUUCCCGGGCGAGUCAGACAAGUCUACUGCACUCGUGACUGCACUUGCCCUGGUGACUCGGAUCACUGCUGCGGCAAGGCGACGGAUAUGAUGUGCUCUGAUGCUGGUGGUGUCCCCACUGUCUCUGGCAAGGAGAUUGCUGAGUGGGUUAUGAAUAAUCGAGGGACACUGAACCUCAAGUACGUGAUUUGGGGCCAGAAAAUCUGGAAUCCAUCUCAAGAUUCUGUAAAGUCAUGGUCAGGCUGGCGAAGUAUGGAUGAUCGUGGUGACUUUACUGCGAAUCACUGGGACCAUGUUCAUGUGAGCUACAACUAG